UUGCAUUUUUUAUUCCGCGCCGGUUAGAUCGAGACUUCAAUUGUGUUCUAAGUUAAGGGCGUUAAAAGGUGCGCAAGGGAGCCAUUAGUGAGAGUGAUUAAUCGAUCAGAGGGUAACUAAGGGAAUAGUAGUGCAGCACCUCAGUGGACAGGUGAAAUUCAGCUUAAUGUGAGGAUCAUCCCAGAAGCAAUGAAGCAUCUUCUUCUGACAAUAGUUCUGGCAGUGGUAAUUCGAUGCAGCCAUCAAAAAACGUCGCCAUGCCCUGCAGUAUUCAGCUAUGACGAAAAAGAGGACACCUCGGACACGUGGUAUGGAACGUUACGACUGAAAACCAAUGUCCCGUUGCAUGGGAUCUUCGUUGAUGUGAUUUUUGACGGGCAAGUUUACGUAUUCGGGGCAUAUUUCAAAGAUGUCACGACCAAGGAUAAUCUACGGUUUCACAUCGAAGACAAGACAUACCGUUUGAAUGCUGGGGAGACAUUGAUUUUAAAGUUUUACGUUAAACAUUCAGAGUACGGACGAUCUCCAGGGCUUCGGCAAGUGCGCUUCAAUGGUCAGAAUAUCUGCGUAGACAUCCCUACUCUUAGGCCCGCAACUGCUGAUCGUCAUCAUAUCAAACCGAUUGCAACCAACCCGUACGAUAAACCGAUCGUGUAUCCAGAUGAUCCGAUAAGACGAGAAAAUGGACCCAACAGCCGUGAUAAUUUGCAUGAAAUAACAGACCAUUCCGUUCAAGCAAUCAAUUCAGUACGCUAUGAAUCUGAUACUAACAUUCCUGCUAACUAUAAUAAUAACCCUACCCAGAACAAUUCUUUCUUGAAUGUGAAACCCAAAUCAGAGAUUCGCGAUGAUUCUUCAAAAGUGGAAACAAGAUUUUCAGAAUCAUCUAACACGUCAGUUGGGACCAAUAACCAACAAAGCAGACCAUCUUCCGCGGGAGUUAAUCACGAGGAUUACGACCCGAUUCAAGACCCAUCGAUUUGGAAGAAACCCUCAACGGAAACAUCAACAUCCAGAGCAAUUCGUCAACCAGCUCCCAGUUACGAAAACACCAACGACAACAGAUACUACGCAAACGCUAGGACUACAACUCCUAAAAACGAUCGUCACUCAUUCACUGAGCGUACAACGACCACGGAGUCUUCGUAUUUCCAAGGUGACUAUCAACAACACAACUCGAGAAGCACUACCAAGAAGCCAUCGUACUUCCAGGGAGACUAUGCAUUCAUUCAGCCAGUUGAAACUUCAACGCACUACAUCAAUUCAUACGACAACGACAUCUGCGGCACGGUGGUACCUAAGGCGAAUCCUCUAGUGGUGCAUGGCAACUCUGCUCAGCAUGCCCAAUUCCCCUGGCAUGGCGCUCUGUAUCGUUCGUCCGUAACUGAACUUCGGUAUCUCUGUGGAUCUACGCUGAUAUCUACUCGGUUGAUCCUAACUGCGGCACAUUGCGUAGCCUUGGAGAAAAGUCGUCGACCAAUAGAUGCAGACAGUUUACUCAUCUACUUGGGUAAGACCAACCUGAAAAAGUGGAACGGUCCUGAGCAGGAUGCCAAGGUCGAACGUAUUCACAUCCAUCCGGACUACAACUACGAGCGCUUCUUUGCCGAUGUGGCCCUGCUAAGGCUAAAGUCUGAUGUCAAGUACGACAACUUCGUUCGGCCGGCUUGCCUGUGGAGUUUCGACGAGGAUUAUAAAGUUUUGAUCAACAAGAUCGGAUUCGUUCCCGGAUGGGGCUAUAAUGAACGUGGAUUGGUCAGCGAAGAGCUGUCGUUUGCGCAGAUGCCGGUGGUGGCGCACGAAACGUGCAUCUGGUCCAAUCGGGACUUUUUCAGCAAAGUGACCUCAAAUACUUCUUACUGCGCUGGGUUUAGAAAUGGAACUUCAGUAUGUAACGGAGACAGUGGCGGUGGAAUGGUCUUCAAACAGAGCAAUCGAUGGUACCUUCGGGGAAUUGUGUCAGUGAGCGCUGCGCUGCAAGACAAGAUCACAUGCGAUCCCAAUCAUUUUGCGGUGUUCACCGAUGUAGCAAAAUUCUUGCGGUGGAUCAAGAGUUAUAUGUGAACUGUUGCAGAAGAAUUAACGUGAGAAAUAUUUGGAUGACCUACGGCUUUGAUACAGAGUGUGCCUACUGUGGAGUUAUCUACAUAGUAUUUUAGGUUUUCUGUAAGAUAUCUUAACUAUUUGAUCAAAACAAUUCAGACGCAUUUGAAAACCCACUGAAAAGUUGAACCCACUACAAAAAAAAAAUAUGUGAUUAAUCCGUAACAAUACUGUCAGGACAUCCAAAAAUUCGCAUCAUAACAUUGUUUUUAUAGUAAUAUUGAUAAAGCAGCUUAGUGCGGUUCAAAGCCGUAGUCAAUGAUGCCUUAUUAAAUAUCAUUAAAGAAAGAUGUGUUGAUAGCAACAGAAAUAUCAAAUAUAUAUUUCGACUAAGAAUACCAUAUUUAAUGUGGUUUUAGUAUGACAAAUACGUUUGAAAUAAACAUUAGACUAUCAAAAGUAUUUCCAUGUCAAGUUAUCGCUCAUCAA